AUGGCAACUGAGUGGAACGAGAAAACAGACUACUACGAACUUCUUGGUGUUACAGAAUCUGCAACAGAAGAAGAAUUAAAGCGUGCUUAUCGUAAGGCAGCCAUGAAAUGGCAUCCAGAUAGAAAUCACGGCAAUGAAGUUGAGGCCACUCGAGUUUUCCAACUUAUUGAGCAUGCUUACUCAAUUCUUAGCGAUAAUCAGGAACGCGCAUGGUACGAUGAUCAUAGAAACUUUAACUAUGAUGAACAAGGAGAGAUGGUAGCUACAAACGUUGACAUUUACGGCUUAUUUAAGGCAGGUGCCUUCCAUGGAUUCGAAGACGAUGCACGUGGUUUCUUCAAUGUCUUUGGAAAAGCAUUCGAAAAAUUGGCCGAAGAAGAAAAGCUCGAAGCACCAAAAUUCGGCUGGUCCAGUACACCAUACGAAGAAGUCGAGAAGUUCUAUGCCUUCUGGACAUGCUUCAAGACAACAAGAUCCUUCGCAUUCGAAGAUAUGUACCAACUCAAGGAUGCACCAAACUCCUGGUACCGCCGUCAGAUGGACAAAGAGAACAAGAGCCUUCGCCAGAAAGCAAUGAAGGAAUUCAUCUCAGCAGUCAGAGAAAUGGCUCUUUUUGCCAAAAAGAGAGAUCCCAGAAUCACAGCAGAAGUCAAGCGUAGAGAGGAAUUACUCAGAAAGAAGAAAGAAGAAGACGAACGCAAGCGCGAAGAAAAGCGUCGCCGAGAUGCCGAAGAAAUCGAAAGAAUUACAAGAGAACAUGCCCAAAAACCAGAAUUUUCCGAAGAAUCAUUACUCUACCUCAACGAAUUCGACAAAGACAAGGACGAUGACCCAGAAUGGUUCUGUGAUUACUGUGGUCGAAUUGUUGACAACGCAAACGUCUUCAAGACACAUUGCGCUACCAAGAAACACAAGAAGAUGGUUGCUACAGCCAAGAGAGACUUCUUAAAUGAUCCUACGAUCUUCGAACAUACAGCAUUUAAUUUCAUUUUACUCGGAUUGGACGAAAGUGAAAUUUUAGCUGUAGAUCCAAAUGUUGACAUGAACAACCUUGUUUCUCCAAGAGCGAACAAGAAGAAGAAACCACAAAGAGGCCAAUCACAACAAUUAGAAGCCGAAGAUGACGAAGAAGAAGAGGAAUAUGAACAAAAAGGAAAGAAGAACAAGAAAGGAAAGAACAAAAACGAUGAUGACGAUGAAGACGAAAAACCAAAGAAAGGCAAAAACAACAAUAAUAAGAAAGGCAAAAACAAAAACGAUGAUGAUGAAGAUGAAGAAGAAGAUCUUGACGAAGAAGAGUUAAGAGCAAAGAGAUUGCAAGCACAACCAUUGAGUAAGAAGGAAAGAAGGAAACUCAAGAUGCAGAAGCAGCAGCAAAAGAAGAUUGAACAAGAAAAAGCUGCUGAAAAAGCGAAAUACGCUGACCAACCAAAACUUACUAAGCAAGAAAAGAAACUCAGAGCAAUGAUGGAAGCAAGAAAGAACGCUUUGUUUGAUUACUCCGAUUUCGAUGAAGAAGAAGAACCCAAGAAAGAAGAGCCAAAGAAAGAAGAAACUGCAAAGAAAGAAGAAGAGGAAAAGAAUGAAGAAACAAAGAAACAAGAACAAGAUAAAGGAAAACAAAAAGGAAAAGGAAACCAAAAGAAUGAUGGUGUACAAAGAGCAAAGAAAGGUCAUUGUCCACCUGGAAUGUUCAUGUGCAGAAAGUGCAAGGCAAUAUUCCCUUCAAAGACAAAACUCUUCGCUCAUUUGGAAGAAUCUGGUCAUGCAACUGCUUAUUAA